AUGGCUCCUUCGCUCGCUAAAUCAGUCGGCAUAGUUGCCGCAGCCUAUGCAACCAGCACCUCUGCUCUGAAAUCGUACCACCAAGCAGAGAGUCAACUUGGCACCGGCGAUAUUAACGAUGUCGACCCAACCGGAGGUUAUGUUCAGUACCAAGAUUCCGUCAAGGCGCAGGAGCUUGGCCUAGUGUCCAUCGAAAACGACCAAGUGUACAUUGGACCUGAGACAAAGCAGACUUACAAUCCGUUCGGGUAUGGUCGUAAGAGUGUGAGACUUGAGAGUGUGCAGACGUACAACCACGGUCUGUUCAUCGCAGAUUUUGCGCAUCUGCCCAAGCCAACCUGCGGAGCGUGGCCCUCCUUCUGGAUGUUCGGCGAGCCAUGGCCUACCAAGGGCGAGAUCGACAUCAUGGAGAACUGGAACGAUCUCGACUUCAACCGCUUCACUGCUCACGUAGCCAGCCCCGAUCAGAUUGGAACCUGCACUGUCAGGUCGGCCGACAUGCUUGCUUCCACUGCGAUCGACUCCGUUAACUGCUACGACCACGCUCCGGGCCAGUGGGACUUCCAGGGAUGCAGCGCGAGUGACCAUGGAGCGCCAUUUGGUUCCGCAGAAGGAGGUGUAUAUGCUCUCGAGUGGACUAGCAGUGCUCUCAACGUCUGGAGUUGGCCUCAUCUCCUGGCACCGCUUGACAUCGCUUUGGGAAAGCCACUGCCCUCGACUUGGGGUCUCCCUAGAUUCUCGAUUCAGAACUGCGACAUCGAGAAGGCGUUCUCGGACAUGAGAUUUGUCUUGAACAUCGAUUUCUGUGCCGUAGCAGGUCAAGAUGCCCAGUGGGGUGCCAGCUGCAAAGCCAGCACCGGCUACGAUACGUGUACCAAGUACGUUGCCGAGAACGGUGAUCACUUCUCGUCAUCGUACUUCAAGCUCUCUAGUAUCAAGAUCUUCAACCAGCAGGAGGAGGAUGUGACUUCAAGCACAAGCAGCUCUGUGGCGAGCUCGACAUCCUCUUCGCUUGCUACGAGCAGCUCUACCAUCUCGACAACCACUGAAGUCACUUCCACUACCAGCUCAACCACAAGCUCGACGCUCAUUUCUUCUUCGACGACCUCCGAAAUUUCCAGCUCUGCAACUGUGUCCUCAACAAAGGGUCCGGAAACUGUUAGCUCGGCUACCGUUGAUACCUCUUCUUCCUCUGUCUCAGAGUCCGUUUCGAGCUCGUACAGUGCUAGCUCUACCGACUCCGCAUCGAUUCCUUCAAUAACCGAGAGUGCUACCAUCAGCAGCAGCGGCUCUGCACAACCCACAGUAUCUUCCACGGCCUCCUCAUCUAUCUCUGAUGAUGACGAUAACUGCACAGACGACGAGAGCUCAACUUCUUACGAGGUUUCGUCGACGUACGGUGUUUCGACUACCAGUAGCGCCUCUUCCAUACUAUCUUCGUCUGGCUACCCUGUCUACCCAACUGGCCCAUCGGUCACAUACCCCGGAACUGCUAGCGCCACAAGAUCCAGCAGCCAGGGCGCCUCCGAGUCGACCACUUCCCCAGUCGAGUACACCACCUCCACGGUCUACACCACCCGCGUUCAGACUGUGACUUCUUGCGCCCCCACGGUUACCAACUGUCCCGCGAACGGAGAAGUGGUUGUCACGGAGGUCAUCCCCUUGUACACCACGGUCUGCCCAAUCGGGUCAACGCAGCCAACCACGGUCCCCGAAGCUCCUGCGAACGGCUACUCCACUUCCACCCAGUACAUCACGAGCAUCUACACCAUCACCGCUUGUGCGGCAACCGUGACGAACUGUCCUGUUGGCUCCGUGACAACUAACAUCAAGACGGCCUUCACUAGCUACCCGGUCGCGGGCAGCCCCAGCGCCAAGGGCUCCGGCUCCGGCUCCCCCGCCAGCGACGAGAGCACGACUACGACGACAUCGACGCUGCGCCUGCCGACCACCGUCUACGUCAAGGCGUCUUCUUCGUCCGUUUCUUCUUCGCCUAGCGCGCCCGCCUCGUCCAGUGAAUCCGUCGUCUACGUGACCCAGACGGCGACCGUCGUGCCCGUGAUCACCGGCAGCGGCUCCAAGUACAACGCCACGCUUUCGACUUCUGCCUCUCCCAAGGGCACCGGCACCAGCUCGGUUCCGGGCAAGGGCGCAGGAGGAGGCAGUGUCGUUGUCAGCGGUGCUAUCAAGUCCAGCGGUGCUGUGAGCAUGAUCCUCCUGGGCCUGGGAGGUGCCGCGCUUCUCACAUUGUAG